CGAAGAUCGGACUCAUGCGAGUGCACCAUGCGGCAGGCUUGAUGAGCAUCCUGCUGAGCACACUCCAUGGAUUUGUCAUCGACCCGUCGACGCCCAAAGAUGUCAUCCAACGUGCCUUUCAUGUAGGUUCUUCGGAUGAUCAUGCAUGAUAUCCCUCAUGUCGUGCGUCAAUCAGUGUGGGCCUGUGCAAUGGAUCGGCUCGUACAAUGAAUUCUACCAGCAAUGCCAGUUUUUGAACACGUCCGAGUCUGUCUGGAUCGCAAACAUGACGCUGAACGCGGCACUCUUGUUCGCGGAUGACAGAGUCCUCGAAUCCAUGCGCGCGUCGACGUCGUCGUACCACAUUGAGCUGAGCUUUCGCUUGGCACCAGCGACGACGCACUUCAUCAUGCACAACGCGUCGAUCGUGUCGUCAGCAGUGUACAUCGACAGUCACAAUAUAACCGUGGAUGCAAGAAGUUCCAUCAACACGACUGCGCAAGGCCUCAAAUUUGGACCUGGCUUCAACAGCGAUGUUACGGUCGGCAGCGCGUACGGCGGCACUGGCGGAAGUGCUUUGUCAAACGGCAUACUCUCUCCAUCGACGUGUGCAGAUAUUGACGUCGAGAGCACCAUGUACAUCCAGCCGAUUGGGGAUCUCAAAGGAAGCGUCGGUGAUUUCCGUGGGUAUGGCAGCGGGGGUGGCUCGGACGCGACCCGCGGUGCAGGUUUUGUUGAACUGAAUGCAUCCCACACGUUACAGCUCGACGGCGCUGUUCUUGCCAACGGCGGCUUCGACGCAGCAUCGUCUGCAAGUCGCUCCGGAUCAGGUGGCACGAUUCGGCUAUCCGCAAAGAUCUUAAAUGGAAAGGGACGUGCAGAAGCAUGCGGAGGCAAUGCGACAGCUCCCGGUGAAGACUCUACUGGCGGUGGCGGUGGUGGCGGCGGGGGCCGCGUGGUGCUGGAGUAUGCACAAGGCAAUCGAGGCACCUUGAGCGUUCACGUGCACGGAGGCACGCACGCAUGGGAGAUGCCGUCCUUAUGGUGCCAAGAAGGCGGCACUGGAACGUACUUGGAAAUCGUUCGCGCGAAUUCCACGACGGUACAAGGCACGAUAUGGAUUGUGGGACGACGGAAGGAGCCACCCGCAGGACUGAUGGCUGGCACACCACUCUUUUAUCGCACGGCGCGGCGAGAGCUUAUGGUCGAGCCAUGGAUGCUGCACGUUCGAGUGGCCCAACACGCGCUGGUGUUUGCCAGCACUCUCCAGCUCCAUGCAAACAGCUCGAUCGAGGUGGAAGCUGGGUCCUUUUGGGCUACGCUCGUCUUCAACGAAACGAUUCAGCUCAUGGCAUCUUCCAUCACAAUUGCAGUAGGUGCAUGCGUGGUGAUGGUUCCAUUCCGUGGGUCGUCCACGAAAGCUGUCGUGGUAGGGUCGACUUGGUCCCAUGGCAAUUGACAAGCAGAACGUCAUGCUGUUCGCCACCGAUAAAGUGGCGUUGGCUGCAUCUGCUCAACUCGUCGUGCAUUCGCUGGUCGGCCAAUGCACAACGUUUGAGUCGGAUGGAGUGAUCACAGCCACUCAUUUCGUGUCCGUUGACGCUCUCUCCGACGUGCGGUUGGGAGGCCAUCUCGAAGUUGAAGCGUCACGACCUGGACGCGGCUUCCGAGCCUCCCUGAAAAGCCGCCAUGGCAGUGUUGCGCUGCACCUGGAUAACUCGAGUCAAGUGGCGGUACCUGUCGAGAUUCGCGCCAUCGAAGGAACGGUGGACCUGAAGGCAUCAUGUGUGCUUCGUGCCAUUUCAGCCGUCGGACAACACGUAAAUGUGACGGGGGCGACGGACCCCUCCAAGGAAAACCCCAUCCUCGGCAGCGCGGCAAGCAUGUGCCAAGCAUGGCCGACCCAUGGUGAUGUUUGUACCGCCGAGGACCCGCCGCCGUUCGCGCUGUCAAUCGUCGCGACGUCCACCGUGUCCAUCACAAAUUCGUUGGUGGUGUCGUCGCUGCUUAUGUGCAGCCCUCAAGCAACUGUACACGGGUCGAUCUCUGCAAACGGUCUCGGAUGCGUGGAUGGCGGGCCAGGGCAAAGCCGAAUUGUGGGCAGACUAGCGAGCGGUGGUGCUGGACAUGGCGGCGCAGGGGGCGAAGUCAUGCCAGCAAAAGGAGGGGCCGGUCGAGCCUUCGAAGCAAGUACGUGGCCGCAGUGGCCCGGGAGCAGCGCCGAGUCCAAUGACGUAGUCCAAGGCGGAAAAGGCGGGGGGUUGGUUGUGCUUGUGGUGAAAGCAAUCACACUGGCUGAGGGUAGCGUCGUGUCGGUCCGUGGGGGGAAUGGCACCCAUGGCGGCGGCGGUGGCUCUGGUGGGACGAUUGUGCUUGGGGACGUAGCCGACAUCGUCGGAGACGGCGCCCUCGACUUGUCCGGUGGCAGCGGGUCGACGACGUACGUGGGGACGAGCGAAGAGCAAGUUCACGGCGGCGGUGGCGGCGGCGGCGUGCUAUGGAUCCGCUACCAAGAUAAAGGGAGCGGCAAAGACUUUCACGGACGCGUCGCUUUGAACGGCGGAUUCAGCGCGGGGCAAACGGGUUUCGAUGGCGUGGCCAAAGGAGAUGCGUGCGGGAGUGGGUGUGGCGGGCUCUUUUGUUUGCCGUGCACCCCCGGCACCUUCAGCCCUGCACCCGAUGCAGACUGUGCCCCUUGCCCGAUCGGGUCAUUCAGCGACAAAGCGGGCGCCACGUCGUGCUCCAAGUGUCCCAAAGGACAAUUCAAUCCAAACCCUGGCAGUCGGGCGUGUGUGCCGUGUGCCCCUGGGCAGUACUCUCCCGACGAAGGAGCUGCCACCUGUGCAAAGUGCCCCCGCGGCUCCUUCAGUCCCGACAAAGGCCAAGACAUGUGCACGUUGUGUCCGAAUGGCACUGUGGCCCCGGUCGAAAGCAGCUCGCAGUGCGCCGAGUGCGGCGUCGGGGAAACCACCGAUCGACCUGGCGCCGUCGAGUGUCGAAAAUGCUCGAUCAAACCAGAGCACGCCACGUACAACCAAAAGGGGUCGUGUGUGUACAUGUGCGAGAAGGGCCAUAUCGGGUUGGACUGCCUGACGCCGUUUGAAAAGUUCAUCCAGCCGAUUGGAGGCCCGGUCGGGUUCGUUUUGUUCUGCUUUGUCACGAUCUUGAGCGUCUUUGGCAUCUACGGCUACGUGUCGUCGUCGUACGGCGGGACGCUUCCUGCGGUCAUGAAGCAGUACCGCGCUGUGCGGGCGCCGACCCCGCACUCCAACUCGACGCACCUUCCUCGCCUCACGGACCACCAACUGACAUUUCACGUCGCACGAUUGUACUUUGGCGGUCGCAACACAUUCUGUCAGCCAUGGCAUGUCCCGACGGACCUCGUCGUUGGCUCGGAUCUUCGCAAAACUAUCUACGAAGGGUCGUAUGCCGGCUUUGCAUCCAAAUGCAACGCCAUAUGCACUGGACAUGCCAAAGCGUGGUCGACCGCGGCCCAUGUGGAACGACUGGCGCGGCUCGCCGUGCCGCCGCUGGCCACGUGGAUGCUGCGGCGCUACCAGCGCUCGACCGUGAAGCAAUUGUUUGAGUACAUGACCGAAUACGGCACGGGAUUCUUCCGCGACCUGGACUUGCAAGCGUCUGGCGCGCACUUGAUUCUUGGAUACAGUUCGGACUACUCGUUGGGGUACAUCGACUUGCUCUUGAGCCCGGACGCAGCCCGCCGCACGCCACAGAUCCCGCCGCCGCCGCUACUGUUUGUCGCGGCCGGCCAUGGUUCGUUCCUGUGCCCGUUCUACCUGGAUACGAACGAUGCCUGGCUCCGCGCCGUGCCAUCGCGAGUCGAAAUCCUUCGGGAUUCAGUCUGGCUCGAGUUUGUCGCGGCGCUCAACCAGCACCUGCGCCUUUUGUCCCCGUCUGGGUCCAUCGAGAGCAUAUUGGACCACGUUGAAGCAUUCAAUUCCACCGACAUGCUGAACGGGCACACGGUCGAGUUUGGUGUGUUUUCGUGGAGGUCGCUGCCAAGCGACGAGCAACAGUCCGCCUUCCGCCCCGCGGCAGUGGUGACUACGCCGACGACGCCAGACGAGUGCUUUGAACGAGUGUUUGAAUCGAAGCCGUUGCCAGAGCACUCGAAAUGGGCCAUCUACGUUGUCCCGAACGACCGCCGCCAUGCCCAUCGCCACCUCGAGCCACCAGCCGCAUCCUCCAUCUCCGCCGCACCUCGGACCACACCGACAUCAAAGCCCUCACCUGCUGCCAUGGCCGAAAUGAGCUCGAUUCGAUACGCAGCGCUGUACGCCCCCGACCCAGCGACCGUCCCUUCGACAAACACAACACCCCUUCUCAGCGCCGACGACGAUGACGCUUCGACCAGUCGGUAUCGUGGAAACGUUCUCGCGCGCCGCACGAUGUCCAUGGACAUGUCAGCAUGGACUUCUUCCUUUCUGGCCCCGUGGUCGAAUGUCCCAGUGGUUGCAACUCCGUACCGGUGGCUGUUGCCGUACUCGCUCCUCCUUCUCCUGUCGAUGGACUUUUUCACGAUGCUGUGGAUCUUGAUCGAGUACUUUUGCAUUCAAGUGCUGGACCCGAUGGCCAAGAGCACAGGAUGCUCCCAGGUGGCAUUCGAACUCGUCUUGCUGUGCAUGCCUGGCGCAAUCGUGGGCGCUCCCGUCCUCGGCAUCGUGUUUGUGCUGCAGCGGCACUCUUUCCUUGGCCGUUUGUUUGUCUUGUGGACCCAUGUGUGCUGGAUCAACAUGCUUGGCGCCCUCGUUUGCGACGCAGUGUACCACGCGUACCUCGGGGAGUACGUCCUUGUGCUGGUGCUGGCUGUGAUGGCGAUGAAGUACCUGGAGACGCAUGUGGCACUCUAUGUGUUGGCACAGUUUGAAGGGAGCCGCAUCGGCCGAGGAUGGAAGGGCCUUUUUACCACCCAGGAGUACUACGAUGCCGCCUACCGCCGCUUUUAAUUUACCUUAUCUUCGUCGCUUUGACGAUUCCGCAGCUUCUCGUGCCAGGCGCUCGGCGCGCAACUUGUCCAUGAGUUUCGACGAUUUCGAGCCUUUCUUCGACGUGGAGCGAGUGCUCGACGUCGAGUCGGGAACGUCCUUAUCACGAGUGCUCACAACUUUAUCCCCCGCGAAAUCAAUGCGCUUCAACACGACUGGUUUCUUGGCUUCGAGAAACGGUGCAGGACGUGUGAGUAGGGUUCCCAUGGGAUCGGCAAACGUGUCCCGUUUGUAAGCGUCGUCGUGCACGUCGACCCUGUCGUCAUUUCUAGCAUGUGCAUACCACGGCAGAGUUGGAUGGCUCUUCUUGGCGUCCUGCUGCUUGCGUCGCUGGGACGGUGGAUGUUGGGAUCUGUACGCGGGAUUCAAUUCUCCCCCCAGUGCAAUACCUUCUUCGUGGAACUCUUUGGGGUUUGGAGGGUCAAUGAGCAUCUUGUUGUGAUACUCUUCUGCGUCUUUGAAGAAGUUGAUAUGAUUCAGUUCGGACGGCGGAGGCACGUUCGUUGUCGUUGCUUCAGUUGUCGACCUGGCCCUCUUGAGGUGUUCGACACGACUGUCCAGGUCUCGCUUGCGCUUCUCCCGCGUCUCUUUCUUUGUCUUUUCUUCAUGGAGACGCUCGUCACGGCGGACCUUUUCGAUGUUCUCGCGAGUCCAGACAUGCCACUUCUUGUGUCCUAAGAUGCGCAACCCGCCGCCGCCCAUGAUGGUUGUGCCUCGUCGCGGU